AAGAACAACACGCACGCAAGCGUAGCUGACUAGCUAGCCUCCUGCCCCUUCCUGUACUGUACGCCAUGGCCAUGCUGAAGAAGAACAGGAGCGCCCUCUGCUGCAGCUUCGUGGCCGCUGUCAUGGUGAUCAUGGCUACCACCCUCCUUCUCUCCUUGUGUGAUGCCCACAAAGAGACGAUUAUUUUGCACAUCAAUGACUCUGCUGCUCUUUUUGUGCCGGCGUCGUGCUACUCCAACUACUUCCCACACUGCACCUACCACCUGUGCAAGAAGUUUUGCGGUAGCGUGCGGGCGCCGCCGGUGCCCGGUGCCUUCUGCAACGACAGAAGCAACUGCUGCUGCCCCGUUAGUUGAGCUCCAUAGAAAUGAUGGAGCUAAGAAAUAAUUCAAGAUGCCAAUAGGCAUGUAAUUUUGAUGCUAAGAAAUGUAUUCGGGGAUGCUUUCACCGAACGUUGGCCAGGCUCAGCAAGACAUUUUCUAAUCUUUUGUUAACAGGCUUUGGAUAAA